CUCUCUCUGCUUGUUCUCGUCUUUAUUCUCUUGAGAUUUCUUCGACCAUGAAGGCAAUGUUAUGGAGGACGAGCUCCGGCCAGAUGGCGAUCCCGUCGUUGGGGUCGGUCUCGCCGAGAGGUGUUUCCAUUCACGAUUUCGGUACCGGAGUCUCCUUCACACCGAGAAGCGGCUCCUCCUCCCCGAGGGCGCCCUUGCAUUUCGAGGUGAGGGACUCUGGUCACUCUCCUGGUUUCCGCCGAGUGAGGUCGGAAACGGACUUGUCGCAGUCUGAGGGGGAUGACUCCGGUGCCAGGCUCAGACAGUUAGCGUCGAGUGCGUUUCCGGCGCUUCCGGUGCCUAAGGGACCCGGAAGGGUGGAGAGGACGAAGAGUGUGGGGAUUUUGGAGGAGGACGAGGAAACUCUAACGAUCGGGGCGCUCGCGGGGAUGGUGACGGAGGAGGAACAGCUGUUGAAGGAAGAGGUAUGGUUUUCCGGUGGCGGGAGUGGGAAGGGAGGUCGGACGGGAGGCAGAAAUGGUGGCGGCGGCGGCGGAGGCGGACAUGAGUCAUCUAGUGAUGGAGAAUCCGAUCAGAGUAGGGUCGGGGCAUAUUACAAGGAGAUGUUGAAGGCAAACCCAAGGAAUCCGCUUUUGCUGAGAAAUUAUGGAAGAUAUUUGCACGAGGUGGAAAAGGAUGCGGCUCAAGCAGAGGAAUACUAUGGACGAGCCAUCUUAGAGUCUCCAGGCGAUGGAGAGGUGUUGUCUCUUUAUGCCAAACUGAUAUGGGACACCCACAAAGACGAGAAGAGAGCUGAAAGCUACUUCGACCAAGCUGUGAAAGCCUCCCCAGAUGACUGCUAUGUUCUUGCUUCAUACGCUCACUUCCUCUGGGAUACUGAAGGAGGUGAGGAGGAGGAAGAAGAAGAUAAAAAGCUAGAAGGGAAGGUUGGGGGGUCAUCGCCUUUGAUUGCUGCUUAUUGACGAAACGAGACUACUGCUACUUUUGCUGCUCUGGAACACCUCUAGUCCUUAACCCAUCGUAGUUACUAACAGCGCUUGAUAACUAGGCUCUGCUUUUUGUAUCAUAAACGAGGAGAGUUCUUUGUAAAUUUGACGGGAAUAAGAGUAACUCCUGUGUCUAUUUUUGUUACUGACUUUGUAAGAUAGGAGUGAGGUGCAUCACUUCCAAAUUGUACAGUAUCUAUUGCCUUUGUACCACGCACACCGCCUGUAAUCUUCAGUUGCCACUAUUAUAGAACCAAUAAUAUCAUCUAA